AACUGUCGAAUCCUUGCCGGCCGCCGUAAGCGGCUUCCGGCUGAAUAGUCAAAAAGUAGAAGCAGUUCCCGGAAGUAAAUGCAACGUUUCGGAAUUCCUAGUGGUUUGAGAGAGAAACAGCCCACAGGUCUUGACUCCCAAGUCCAAGAGAAUCAAUUGAAGGAAGGAGGAAGAAGCUGCAGGAUUUUGGUAUUGUCAUUUCUGGGGAAACCCUUGACAGGAGACUGAGAUUUUUGAACAGAAAUUUAAAGCUGGUUCAGAAGAUACAAAGAGCAUCCCAAUUUCUGGCUACUUGCUGAGAACAAAAAACAAAACAAAAAUGAUCAAGGCCCAGGAAUCAGUGACAUUCAACGAUGUGGCUGUGGAGUUCACCUGGGAGGAAUGGCAGCUCCUGCUCCCUGCUCAAAAGGACCUGUACCAGGACGUGAUGUUGGAGAACUAUAGCAACCUGGUGUCUGUAGGGUAUCAAGUUAGUGAACCAAAUGCACCAUGCAAGUUGAAAAGAGGAGAACAACCAUGGCCUAUACAAGAUGAAAUCCAUAGUCAAAACUUUUCAGAAAUUUGGAAAGCUGAUGAUCAUCUGCCUGGGCACUCACAAAAUGAAUGGGUGAAUAGAAUGGAAAAGUGCCAUGAACAUAAUGCAUAUGAAUAUAUUUUUAAUCAGCACAAAAGUCAUUUUACUUUACAUCAAAAUGAUGGUAUGUUUGACUUACUUGGAAAAACUAUAAAAUCAAAUUUAUCUUUAAUCAGCCACAGCAGAAGCUAUGGAGUAAAGAACUCUGCUGAGCUUAAUGGAGAUGAAAAAACCUUUCCCCAUGCUAACCAUGAACAAUUUCAUAUGGAAAUUAAAUUCUCUGAGAGUCAAAAAUCCAACAGCAUGAAGUCGCAACUCAUUAAGCAUAAGAGAACUCACAAGAUAGAAAAAUCACAUGUAUGCAGUGAAUGUGGAAAAGCCUUCAUCAAGAAGUCUUGGCUCACUGAUCAUCAGAUUAUUCACACAGGAGAGAAACCCCAUAGAUGCAAUCUAUGUGGGAAAGCCUUCUCCAGAAAGUUUAUGCUAACUGAACAUCAGAGAACUCAUACAGGAGAAAAACCUUAUGAAUGCACAGAAUGUGGGAAAGCCUUUCUUAAGAAAUCACGGCUCAAUAUACAUCAGAAAACUCAUACAGGAGAGAAACCCUAUACAUGCAGUGAAUGUGGAAAAGGCUUCAUCCAGAAGGGAAAUCUCAUUGUUCAUCAACGAAUUCACACAGGUGAGAAACCAUAUAUAUGCAGUGAUUGUGGAAAAGGCUUCAUCCAGAAGACAUGUCUCAUAGCACAUCAGAGAUUUCACACAGGAAAGACACCCUUUGUUUGCAGUGAAUGUGGAAAAUCUUGUUCUCAGAAGUCAGGUCUCAUUAAACAUCAAAGAAUUCACACAGGAGAGAAACCUUUUCAAUGCAGUGAUUGUGGGAAGGCCUUCGCCACAAAGCAAAAGCUAAUUGUACAUCAAAGAACUCAUACAGGAGAGAGACCGUAUGGUUGCACAGAGUGUGGAAAAACUUUUGCUUACAUGUCCUGCCUUGUUAAACAUAAAAGAAUACACACAAGGGAGAAACAUGUAGAUUCAGUCAAGGUUGAAGCCCCUUCUGCAGUGCGUCACAGCUCAUCACAUACCAGUGAUCUCAUGCAGGACGAAAACCCUGUUAAUAAAGCGACUAUACAAAUGCCUUCUGUGGCAGCUCAGACAUCAGUAGACAUCAGUGGGAUCCUACCAAAUAGAAACAUAGUCAUUGUGAGACAGCCUGUUGCCAGAUGUGAACCCUCAGGAGAUAACAGAGAAUUUGUACAGGAAAGAAACAUUAUGAAUGCCGUGAAUGUGGUAGUGCCUUCAGUGAUCAAUUACAUCCUUUAUUAUGUCACAGAAAACCCAUAGGAUAAGCUCAAAUACAUUUAGUGUGGAAAGGGUUGAGCAAAAAUUUCUAGCUCAUUGGAUAUCUCAUUGUAUGAUUUCCAGAUGGGAAUCAUAUGAAUGUAGAGGCUGGCAAAGCCUGAUAUGCUCAUCCUACGUAAAUAUCACAUUGAUAUCUGUGGUGCAAUGAAUUCCUUUAUGUGGCCUUUUGCCCUUGAUUCUUGGAUAAAUAACUUAGGAGAUACCCAGAGUUGUUUUCUACCCUUUAUGGUUUGUUAUUUUGUCUGGUCUGUCUAGGCGGCCCCAUCUCGCCUAGUAAUUGACAAUGUAAUGACAGGAAAGCUAAAGCAAGAAACUUUUGCCUAGUAAUUCACAGGGCCUGGGUUUAUUGACAUUUCCUGGGUAGUUGAAGUUUGCUUGGGCUCUGGUAUGGCUAGGAGAGAACCCCAACUUUUAACUGAGAAGCAGCAUGAGUAAUGACUUAUAUAAUGGCCCGAAACACAGAGGUUUUUUGGGACUUCUUGCUGAGAGCUGGGAGGGUUGAUGUGUCCAUUAGAACACAGAAGCACUGUGCCAGAAACCCUCCCAGACUCGGGUGAAAGAGUUGUAACAUCCUUAGAGCUGUGAACAGUGGAGUGGCUGUGACUGCCAGAAAUGGCAGAGACAAGUGGAAGCGGGUGCCCAGCAGCAUAGAGCAAAGAGCAGUGUUGAUGAAAACUAAGCUCGGAGAAAAGUGACAGUGGCAUGAGUGGUGCUAUCUUGAAGCUGCUGGUUGAGAGCUGGAGCCAGUCAGCUACAAGAGCAGAGCUGGCCAAGAGGAGCCAUGGAGAGAGAGACAAAGCAUGAGUGACAGUAGCUGCCACUGUGUGGGACUAGAAUGAUGGCACAGAGCCUGACACCUCAAGCCAAGCACACAUGCUAGCACGCAAAUGGCAGCAUGGGCCUAGCCCAGAGAGAGGGAGCAGUGCACAGGGCCUGAAGUGCAAGUAGUGUGUCGAGCUGAACUGGCCUGCCACAGAAAGGGACUAACCCAAGCUGGAGCCCCAAGCAAGGGAGCCAGAGCACUGCCUGACAAUGGAGCCCUGCAGGAAGGAGUGCUUGAAAGACAGCUCACCAGGAAAACAGCUAUCCAGGUCCUCACUGACAGCCAGCAGAGAGCUGUCCAGGUCCUGACUAGAGUUUCCUGGUUGAAAGCUUCCUGAUUAGUGUGAGUGAAUAUCUGUUCUUGGGAGGGUAAGCAGGUCCCCUUUGAGAUGUUAUGGCUCCAUGCUGUAUGCUUCCCACACCUCGCACUAUGCUUUUCUCUGUUCACAUCCUUUGUUUGUACCUUUCUCUGUUUAUAUCCUUCUCUGUUAUAUUAAAGUUGUUAUCACAGGUGUGGUGUUUCUGUGAGCUCUGUUAGAAUUUCAAUGAAUUAUUGAACUCAGUAUAUAUAGAGUUAUUGGAUGGCUAGUGUCAGAUGUAAUGGAGAAGUUGGAAAGUGGGAAUAUAUUUAACCUCUGCCUCUUUGGAACCAAUCUGAUGCUUUUUGCUGAUUCUCAUAGUUAAAAUUAUCCAUGAAGUUAUCCUAAUUUAAUAUAGGUUUAAUCUGAUGUUAAUCUGAACACAUACACUUCAAUUGGUCUAUUGUGUCAAUUAGAAAAAUAGAAGUCUGAGUUAAUCACAGUGGAGCAAAUAAGUAAUGUGAAUUUUUAAACAGAAAAGAUAAUCAGUAUCUGGAAUGUUGCUGUAAAUAACCACUUAGGAGGUCCUUGGUUGGUUGGUAAGGGGCAAUAUUUGAUUGGUGGUAUUUGGAGCACACAUAUAUUAGUUCACUUUCCCCAGAUUAGUGUGAAGGAUUACCUGAAAACCAGAAUAUUUACCAUAAAGUUUUAGAACUUCAUAUUAUGCAGAGGGACCUAUGAAACAAUAGUCUUACACUGAGUCUAUUCAUUAAUGUAAUGAAUAUUUGUAACAUGCUUCUUUGGUCACAUGGUCCUAUUUCAGUAGGUGAGGAUGAAGUGGUUAAUAAAGGAAAAAUUUCAUGCCCUCUUGGAGAGAGCACUGAGUUAAUUGGAUUAUAUUUAAGUGGAGUUUUGACACUCCAGCUGAUCUAGUCAGAGGAUGCAAUAUCUACAUUAGGUGAAAUAGACAUAAAAUAAUUGGUACAAGGGGUUUAGUUAGCAUUUUUAGGAAUGAGAAAAAUCCUAAAAAGUUCUUAUGAUAAUAUGUUGUUAAAAAAUCAGUUGCCAUCGAGUUGAUUCCAAUUCAUGGUGACCUCAUGUAUGAGAGUCGAACUGUGCGUGAUAGGGUUUUCCAUGGCUGAUUUUACAAAGUAGAUCACCAGGCCAUUCUACCAAGAUGCUUCUUGUUGAGCUCGAACCUCCAACAUUUUAGUUAUCAGUUGAGUGCAUUAACAGUUUGUACCACCCAUGGAUUCUUGUGAUAGAGACUCCUUUAUUUGGUAUUUAAGCAUUCUAGGAAAUAAGUUAUAUUUUUUUAAUGCCCAUGUCUAAUUUGUUUAAGUAGUUUAUAAAUUCCUGGGUAGUUUUAAUGAAUAUUUUAAUUUGAAAGUUAAAAGACAUUUUUAAAGAAAUUUAAAAUUCAUUCCGUUAGUUGCAGUAGCCACAUUUCAUGGUUCAAUAGCCAUGUGCGCAGUGAAUUGUAUACCUACGACACAUUGAAACAGCAAACUUUUGGUGAUAUAUAUUUUAUCAUUAAAAAAAGGAUACAUAACAGUUCCAUCACAAGAAUUCCUCAUUGUACCCUUUUAUAACCUCACCUACUUCUCACUCUCUCCACCUCCCUAACCCCUGGCAAUCACUAAUCUGCCUAUCUCAAAAUGUUACACACUGAUGAUCACAUUUAUACAACAUUCUUAUAGUGACAAAAUUAGAGAAUAUAUUUUAA